AUGGGUGAUCAUCCCUACACAGGAACGCCACAGGACCAGAAAGUCUGGUCUGAUGAGAAGGACAACAUAUUCGAAAUGGAGAAGAACCACCCUGAGCGCUACGGACAACGCGUCACCGAUGUUACGGUUGUUGAGACGGGGUUGAGCCAUGGUGUCAAAACGUACAUUGUCGUCCCUCCUACCAUCUACGGAAAGGGCGAUGGUCCAUUUGCGACAUUGAGUCAACAGGUGCCUAACCUUGCGCGUUUGGCCCGGAAGCGCGGAUUUGCUGGUGUGAUUGAAACUGGCAAGGGCAUUUGGAAUCAUGUUCACAUCGCCGAUCUUUCUGCUUUCUAUGGUUUGCUCUUCCGUGCUGUUAUCGAGCAAAAGACAUGGCUUCCCUCCGGCCCAGAGGCUGUGUUCUUCGUUGAAAGUGGUGAGCAUACAUGGCUCCAGGUUAGCCAGGGUAUUGCCGAUGCCAUGUACAAGACCGGUCUACUGGCGACGAAUGAAGUCAAGUCAAUCAGCCUCGAAGAAGCAGCUGCGGGAAUUACUGGAGGCAAUGAGAGUCUUGCAGAGAUCGCCCUCGCAUCAAAUUCGAGAGCUCGGGCUGACUUUGCUCGGAACCGACUUGGUUGGAAUACGCCCCGGGGAUUGGAGGACUUUUUGAACCACUUCGAUGCCGAAGUAGCAGCUAUGCUUGGAGAGCUGAGAGGUUAG